GCAGCGGCGGCGCGGGGCGUGUCGGGAAAGCGGCGGGCUGGUGCGAUCCUUAGCGGCGGCAGCGGCUGCGGCAGCGGGAGCCAUGGUGGGUGGCGAGGCCAGCGCCGCGGUUGAGAAGCUAGUUUCCGGCGUGCGGCAGGCUGCCGACUUCGCCGAGCAGUUUCGUUCCUACUCGGAGAGCGAGAAGCAAUGGAAAGCGCGCAUGGAGUUCAUCCUGCGCCACCUGCCUGACUACCGAGACCCACCCGACGGCGGCGGCCGCCUGGAUCAGCUGCUGUCCUUAUCCAUGGUCUGGGCCAACCACCUCUUCCUGGGUUGCAGCUAUAAUAAAGACCUUCUGGACAAGGUGAUGGAAAUGGCUGAUGGGAUUGAAGUGGAAGACCUGCCCCAGUUUACAACCAGAAGCGAACUAAUGAGAAAGCAUCAAAGCUAAGGCAGAUCUCCACAUUUCCACCCUGGGGACAGACGUAGAAAGGAGGCCGGGGUGAAGAUGACUAAACAUUGGCAGCUCUCAAGAUUCCUGCUAUUUGCAGCAUAGAGGCAGCUAGAGUGGAAGAGGACGGGGCCCAUAGCUUCAAAGACAUCUUCAUUCUUCCAGGAUUGCUGUAAAAAUACACAUGCAUAUUUAUGUAUUUAUACAUGGCGAACUCUCAGAAAUUUCAUCAGGAUUGUCAAAGCCAAACUUUGUUUGAAAUGCCUUUUAUGUUGAUAUAAUAAUGACAGGUGAUACAUUUUAUAAUUUGAUUUUUUUUUUAAACAGAGUACCUAUAAAUACAAUUCUUGUUUUGCCGUCCCCCCCCCCCACCCAUGUUUGUCCUAAGCCAAGGCAGAUCCUCUGUGUCCUUAUUUCUACCUGAACCCACUGUACACUUGUACCUCACCACUGAUGGCCACCAAAGGACUGUGCACUAACCAGCUGUGUCACUGGAGCACCCUCACUGCUGGGCUCAGGGACCUUUGUGUAGGAAAUGGUAAUCAUGUCACAGGCGUGAAGUAGCAGAGCUAGCUCAUAGGUAGGAGGCAAUGUACAAAAAAGCAUCCAGCCUCAUUUUACAAUUCACGGAGGGCUAGAGAUGUAGCUCAGCGCUAGAGAGUACUUGCUUAGUGUGCUUGGGGUCCUGGGGUUGGUUCCUAGUAUUUCAAAGAGAGGAAAAAAUAGAUUUAAAAAUCACUGGAAGCAUAUAUGGUUUUGUUCAACCAACCAGAUGGUUUCUAGGCACUAGAUGCCCAUGUGCCAGCAUUGUUUGUUUGUUUGUUUCUAGAAGGCUUUCACACUUGAAGAACUAACUGCCUUGCAUACCACGUCUGGAUUGCAGUGCAGUCCUGCAUUCCACCUGACCCCGCUUCCGGUUCCCUGUAUUUAGUCACCAUUAGAUAACUGAGCAGUGGGCAGCUGUGGAGCAGUGUACACAGCAGGACUCAUCAACGGCAGGCCCAUUGUGGCCAGAAAGACAGUGGGGCUGCCUUAGCUUCUUCUACUGGAUACAGGACACCCAGAAGCUGGGGCCACUGGUGUUUGGCGUCAGAGCAGUGGGACACAUUGUUUGUGGCUUGAAAUAAAAGCCACAUUUUUAUGUGGAUUCUGUUCCAGUCCCCAGUGACCAUUGAUUUGAUACCUUGGACAAGCUUCUCCAGGCAAUGAGAGACUGCCUGUCAGAGGGAAAUGGCAAGGUGGUGACUGUUGAAGGGCAGAGCUCUGGGCUCAGUGAGCUGGAGCCUUGUCUUCUCAGAUGCAGCCUGGCCUUCAUCCAUUCUAAUCAUCUGCAGACUCGUGAGGUUUAAAAGCAAAAUGCACUUUGCAUGGAUUGUUGAUUUUACUUUCUGUCUACAACCCCCAAUAAAACAGCUUUUCCAUUGAAUGAA